CCUAAUCUGUCCGCAUCCGGAAUGUGGCAAGUUCUUCCAAAUUCACAAAGAAUGAUGUUGGAAAACGGGAGAUUGCUUCCAAAUCUUCCAAAAUCAGUCUUGUUUGAACUUCAGCUCGAUCAAAUUUGGAGGUUCUCGUUUCUUCUUCCACGAAUCGGCGAAUCGUGACAAUCGGCGAAGCAGAAAGCUCGAGAGAGGGGCGCGGUAAGAGAAUGGAUGAAGUAGACGACGCGAUCAGUUGAUAUGAUAUUGUAUAUUUGCUUUCGAUUUCUUUUGCUUUGCAUAGUAAAUUCGAGAGCACGAUUCUCUUUGCUCACAUAGCUGAUUCAUUGGCGCCAAAGACAAACGACUCUUCUUACCGAAGUAAACGGUACUAAAACUGACAGUUCAAUUCUGAAAAGGAUUUUUUCCUCUUUUUCAUGCCCAUUAUGCUUACCAUUUCUCUUCGCGGUCCGACUUUUGAGUAGCUUUUUUCGUUAAUUUGUUGAAUUUCGUGUCUCGCUGAGCUUGUUUUCUGCUGUUGACUCGUUUUGUUGUACUGGGUCACUGGAUUUGUGAUGGUUGAGUUCAUAUUGUUCACGAGCAUCAUGAAAUCGGUGAGAGAGAGAGAUGGAGAGAGCCAGAGACGGAGAGAGGGAGGGUGCUGAAAAAAGAAAGAAGUUCAUAAUUUUGGUAGAAAAGCAAAAGUAACUUUAUCUGAUUGGGAUUCAUAGAAUUAGUUCACUGUCCCAUAUGGAAUUUUACUAGUUGAUCUGACAUGGUUUUAGAGAGAACGUUGGAGAAAUAUUUUGUUGGGUAUGGAGUUUUGAUUGGACAGUUUCCUCGAGUGUCUUGUCAUGGCGGUUGUGAGUUCUAAGCAAGAAGCUACACCCCGAGCUGGUCCAACUAACUAUGCUGAAGCUUCGCCAAUUAUGAUCAGUUCAAGUAGAGAGAUUGUAGAAGUGUCAGUCGGAGCUAUUAGUGAAGAUAUUAUUUGUGUUGCUGUUGGGAAAGAUGUGAAAGAGUGCUUAUCAGUUUUGAGGUAUGCACUAAAUUCCUCUCGUGGGAAGAAAAUUUGCCUCCUCCACGUUCAUGUCCCUGCACAGAUGACUCCAUUAAACGGAACCAAAGAGGAAGUGAGAGCAUAUCACAAGUUUGAGAAGCAAAAUUUGCUGAGGGUCAUGAAUGAGUAUAUUCUGUACUGUCUUCAAGAAGGGGUUCGUGCCAAGAAAUUAUGUGGCGAAGCUAAGAGUGUUGAGGUGGGGAUAGUUGAUAUGAUUUCCCUGCAUAGGAUUAAAAAGCUUGUUAUGGGAGCUGCUGUAGACAAGUGUUAUUCAAGGAGAAUGGUGGAUCUGAAGUCUGAGAAAGCCAUUUACGUGCGUUCGCAGGCACCUGCCUUCUGUCACAUUGAGUUUAUUUGCAAGGGGAACCUCAUCUGCACCAGGGAUGGUAGAUCAGAUGGAGCUCAAGUAGAAACUGUCUUCUUAUCACCGCAAACAAGUCCAGACUCAGAAUCCUCAGAAAUUUCCCCGUGGAGAUCUCUGUCACUACCACCGGGACAGUUUCAUAGCAGGGAAGUUGGAUGUUCAUCUUCAGAUUUACGUCCUAGAGGGAGAUCAUUGCUUGUUGACCAUUUUAGAGGGAGCACACUAAAUCCGUCUUCUCCUGAUAAUAUGAAUGGGGUUCAUACUGCCAGAAACUUGGAUGUUAACGAGGCUUCGGAUGGAUGGGGUUUAUUAACACAGAGAAGUCCUUCUGAAAGGUCAGACAAUUCCAUACGCUCUCCUCAUGAUGUGAUUAAUAUGGCUCCUUCUCCACCUUCCAGGGUUGAGUUAUGUGCAAAUUGGCUGGAGCAGGAUGCAAAGUCCGGUGAUUAUCUUUACAAUCAAUGUGAACGGGUGAUGAUAGGGGCUGCAAAUGCAAGGCCUGAUUCAUUUUUCGAAGCAAUUGCACGCGGAAAAUCUGAGAAAGAAACCAUUAAUGCUCUACGCAGGGUUAAAGCUGCAGAAGUGUUAUAUUCUGAAGAACGGAAGCAAAGGAAGGAGGUUGAACAAGAACUAGUCAAGGAAAAUGCAAAACUUGAAAGUAUAAAGACAAAACUAAAUGAAGAGAUGGAAGAGCUCCGGAUGGCCCAAGAUCAGAAGGCAAGUUUGGAGAGAGAACUUUUAGAAUCUGAUCUAACUGCGAAGGAGUUAGAGGAAAGGAUUCUUUCUGCUGUUGAAUUGUUACAGAGUUACAAAAGUGAGCGAGAGGAAUUGCAGAUUCAGCACGACAAUGCACUUAGAGAAGCAGACGAGCUUAGAAGAAGAAAUCAAUCCACACGCCGGUUCCUUCCACAGUUCUUUACCGAGUUCCCUUUUUCGGAGAUUGAGGAAGCAACUCAAAACUUGGAUCCUUCCCUGAAGAUUGGAGAAGGGGGAUAUGGGAGUAUAUACCGAGGUGUUUUACGUCAUACGACGGUGGCUAUAAAAAUCCUACAUUCUGAUAGCUCUCAAGGACCCUCUGAAUUUCAACAAGAGGUUGAUGUAUCGAGUAAGAUGAGACAUCCUAAUCUUGUCACGCUCAUUGGAGCCUGUCCUGAAGCUUUGGUUCUCGUCUAUGAAUACCUUAGUAAUGGAAGCCUCGAAGAUAGGCUCAGCUGCAAGGAUAACACUCCCCCUUUAUCUUGGCAAACACGAUUACGCAUCGCCACUGAGUUAUGCUCGGCCCUUAUGUUUCUUCACUCAAGUAAGCCCCACAGCAUCAUUCAUGGUGACUUGAAACCUGCAAAUGUAUUACUUGAUGAAAACUAUGUAUGCAAGCUUGGCGAGUUUGGAAUUUGUCACUUAUUGUCACAUGAUGAAAUGCUAAACAACGACGAAACACUUGUUUGGAGAACUGACAACCCCAAGGGGACGGUUGCUUACACGGAUCCUGAGUUCCUUUCAUCUGGUGAGCUAACAACAGAGUCGGAUGUCUAUUCAUUUGGGAUAAUACUCUUGCGGUUGUUGACCGGUAGAUCUGCAAUGGGGAUAUCAAAGGAAGUGCAAAAUGCAAUUGAAAAUGGAAAGCUAAAAUCCAUUUUGGAUCCUUUAGCAGGAGAUUGGCCAUUCGUGCAGGCCGAACAGCUUGCUCGAUUGGCAUUGAGGUGUUGUGACGUGAACCGAAAGAGCCGCCCCGAUCUUGUUACCGAUGUCUGGAGAGUGCUUGGACCAAUGAGAGCUUCAUGUGGGGGUCUAUUGUCUGUCAAGCUCGGUUCUGCAGAACACUUGCAACCUCCCCCUUAUUUCAUCUGUCCCAUCUUUCAGGAAGUCAUGCAGGAUCCACAUGUGGCUGCAGAUGGCUUUACAUAUGAAGCGGAGGCCAUGAGAGGAUGGCUAGACAGUGGACACGAUACUUCGCCAAUGACAAACUGUAGGCUCGAGCAUCGCAACCUCGUCCCAAACCGCGCUCUUCGUUCUGCUAUCCAGGAAUGGCUCCAACGAAACUAAAACGUUCCCAUUUUUUGGUCACCAUAAUAUGACUGAAUGUACAAAAGAAGGUGAUGCAACUAUUUUUCUUUCAUAUUGGUCGCCCUCUUUUGUUUUCCUUCUGUACUGAAUUAAUAUUUUAGUAUGUUUUCUAUAAGCUUGUACAGUUUAGGGUAUUAUUCGUGUUAAAGAAAACAUGAAGCUGCGUGCCAUUUGUUUAUAGCAAUGUAUGGAUUAUUGCCUUCA